CUAGAAACAUGUCGGAGGCCUUCAUCUUAGAGGUGAUACAGAAUCUGGAAAGUUUUCUGCAGUCUGAGGAUACAACGCAGGACAGAUACAGAGAUAUCUCGGAGGCCUCCAUGACUUCUCGCAAAAGCCACGUUUCAGAGGUUAUACAUGAGAUGAGAAUGGCGUUGGAUUUCUAUAGAGAGAGAGAAUCAGGAGAGAGGAGCAAGCUAAAUUAUUUGCUAGCUGACUUUGCUGAGAUAGCUCAAGUGUCAAAAGACAACAUAUCCAUGUUUAAGCUCUCUUUCUAUGAAGAGAUGUAUUAUGUCCUAGAAUGGAUGAAGAAGACAAGAAAGCGCAUGAUGAAUUUUGGAGAUGGCGAGGGGGCGAGUAGUUCACAAAGUGUUGGAGACGAAGGUGUCGUGCUGGGGUUGGAGAAAGACGUGGAACAGAUUAUCGAUAGAGUGAUUCUUGGUAAAGCCGUUCUUAAUGAGAGGCCGCGCCUCGUGAUUUCAUGUAUCAAAGGCAUGAUUGGUGCCGGGAAGACGACUCUUGCCCGACAAGUGUACAACCAUCCAGACAUCGUUGAAAGAUUCAAGCUCCGUGCUUGGGUAACGAUUUCUAGUAGUGACACAAGUGCACAUGAAGUGCUUGUGGAACUGAUACAGAAGUUGGGGGAACAUGUCGAAGAUCCAUUGACGUUGGAUGAAAUGGACAACCUGAGUCUCCAAAAUAUGCUUUGGGGAAAGCUAAAAGGAAUGCCAUAUUUUAUAGUUCUCGACAAUGUGCCGAAAGGAAUGUGGCUGCGAUCCAUAUUAGAUGGUCUUCCAUACAAAGGCUGCCGUGGAUGUAAUUUGUUGACCACCAGUCGCUAUCAGAUUACAGAAGACGACUUUUAUACUCACGAGAUGAAACCUUUGGAUUCUAAAAAGAGCUGGCAAUUGUUUUCAAAAACAAUCGAUAAAUUUACAAGUGAUGAGAACAAAUUCUCAAAGGAGUUGGAGAGGAAGGCGAAAGAUAUGUUGAAAAAAUGUGGGGGCUUGCCGCUAGCUAUAAUAGAUGUUGCAAGGCAGAAAGCUAAGCAAAGGCUUUCAGGGAUUGAAUGGGAAGAACUUUUUGAUUCAAUUGAUUUGGGUGAAUUAUUGAAGUUGUUUGAGCCGGUCUAUCAUAGCUUGGAUGAUCAACUUAAGGCAUGUUUCUUGCAUAUGUCCUUUUUGAAGGAAAAUGCAACAAUAAGGGGAGAAAAGUUGGGACAUAUUUGGGCUGCAAUCGGAUUAAACACAGAAAGAUCUAUUCCAUACAUGGCCAAUGAAGAGUGCAUGCACAUGUUACGAUCGUGUAUAGAUGAAUUACUUUGUGAAUCCAUUAUUGAAUACGUGAACGAUUCUGAAUUUUUCAGGUAUCGCAUCAAUCCUCUACUCUAUGAGCUAUCCAUAAAAAAAGCAGAGGAGGAAAUCGGCUUUGAGAUCCUAAGGAGCAAUGGAAUUAAUCGGCACUCUCAAAAUCCUCGUCAUCGUGUUAUCCACUGUGGAAGAGACAAGUUUAAUCACUCCACGAAUCAAGACAACAAACAUCUUGUUUCUCUUAUCUUUCAUGGUGGUGGUCGCUACUUGGACGAUGCUAGUCAGUCCUAUUGGAAGAGUUUUGAGCUACUCAGGAUUCUCGACAUGGAAGAUUUUGGGGUGAAGACUUUAUCAGAAACUAUCGGCACAUUGACUAGGUUACGGUAUUUGGGAUUGAGGAACAAUUACCUGCAAGAGAUCCCACACUCGUUGGAGGGCUUGGAAAUGCUUGAGGUUUUCGACAUAGCUCAAAACUUUUUGGUGGAGUUGCCAAAUAUUAUCAAUGAAAUGGGUAGCCUUCGUUAUCUCUACAUGUCUGAUGUGAUUUACCGAAAGCCUUUGAAGGUAGACGUGCUACAGAAUCUCGAGAUCCUAAGGUACAUCUCUAUCUAUGAUUGGACAUACGAGGUCUCGAGCUUGGGGAAGAUGACUCGUCUCUUUCUAUUGGGUGUUGAAGAAAUUGACGAAAACUCGGAUGUCAGCAAGCUCUUUGCAUCACUGGCUGAGUUUAAGAGGUUGCGACGCCUUAAGUUGCGAGGAUUUCGUUUUAAAAGCAUGCCAUGUUUGGACGAGAUUCGGGUUCUAGAUGGAAUCCGUGCCCUCCGACUGGAUGGACGUCUAUCGAGGCUACCAAGUGUCAUGACUUCCCUUCAAAGUCUUGAAUACUUGGUUUUGGUGAAUACUUGUCUUGACGAAGACCCAAUGCCGGUAUUGCAGGAAAUUCCUAAAUUACGAGUCAUCAGGAUGCGAAACGCGUACACUGGUCGACAAAUGGUGAUCGGGAAUCAUGGCUUUAACAAGCUCGGUGUCCUGCGCAUCAAUGAGCUGUGGAAUUUGAGAGAGCUUCGGGUCGGAGAAUUGGGAAUGGUAUUUUUGGAGGAACUAGAAAUCAAGAACUGUCCACACUUGGAGACCCUCCCGGAAAGGAUUGGGUCCAUGGUUUUUCUGAGGAAGUUCAAGAUGGUAACAACUAAACACAUUGCAACAAAGAUCAGAAAUUCGAGCUCCUUCCCUAAUAUACUGGAAGUGGAUAUUAGUCCAUGAUUUUAUUAUGUGCACCUCUUGAAGAAGCACAAAGCAUGGCUCAAACACGAGGCAGACGUCACGCUAACCUACCUCGUCGUCUACUGAAUUUUAUCUCAACUUUUUUUCAUAAUUGUAUCUAAUUAAUGUGAUCGAGUCGAGCA